AUGUCAACCAUAACCGUUCCAACAGAAGUUCCUCCUGUUUCCGAUGACGUUGAGCAGCUUCGUAAAGCUUUUGAAGGAUGGGGAACAAAUGAGGGUUUGAUCAUUGAGAUCUUAUCACACAGAAAUGCUGAACAACGUAAGCUUAUUCGACACACUUAUGCCGAGACUUACAAUGAAGAUCUCCUUAAAGCGCUGGACAAGGAACUUACACGUGACUUUGAGAGGAUUGUCCUCCUGUGGACACUUGAUCCCCCUGAGCGUGAUGCAUAUUUAGCCAACGAAGCAACAAAGAAAGGGGGUAAAAGUGAUCAAGUUCUUGUUGAGAUAGCUUGCAGCAGGUCUUCACAUGAAUUGCUUCUUGCGAGGAAAGAAUAUCAUGCUCGUUACCAGAAAUCACUCGAAGAGGAUGUCGCAUCUCACACAACAGGGGACUUCCGAAAGUUGUUAUGGCCCUUGGUGACGAGCUACAGAUACGAAGGGGAUGAAGUGGACAUGUCGCUUGCAAAAUCAGAAGCCAAGUUACUCCACGAUAAAAUUAUAGAUAAGUUUUACAACGAUGACGAUUUCAUCAGAAUUCUCACUACAAGAAGCAAAGCACAAAUCAGUGCAACACUGAAUCAUUAUAAAGAUGAGUUUGGACAAGAGAUUAACAAGGAUUUGAAAGCUGAUCCAAACGACGAGUUUUUAAAGUUACUACGAGCCAUUAUUAAAACAUUGACUAAUCCUGCUAAGUACUAUGAGAAGUUGGUAAGGUUAGCAAUCAAUAGACAAGGGACGGAUGAGACUGCACUAACAAGGGUUGUUGCUACACGAGCUGAAUUUGAUAUGAAAAUCAUAAAAGAAGAAUAUAAAAAACGAAACAGUGUCUCUCUAUAUGAAGCCAUUGCGAAAGAUACUAGAGGAGACUAUGAAGACAUGCUUCUUGCUCUCAUCGGUUCUAGUGAGGCUUAAAAACAAGCUUAAAAUCGUUUCUAGUUUACCGAUAUCAGA